AUGGAGAAGGAGAUCGGCACGAGGUCGACGACGGUGGCCGCCGGCGACGUCAACCUCGACCUGCGGCUCGUCCACAGCAGCACGGCCGGCACAGGCAGGAGCCCGCCGGUCGCCGGCGCCGGCGAGCAGCAGGACCGUGCCUUCUCGUGCACCUACUGCCGGCGCAAGUUCUACAGCUCGCAGGCGCUGGGCGGCCACCAGAACGCGCACAAGCUGGAGCGCAGCCUCGCCAAGCGCAGCCGCGAGCUCUCCGGCGGCGCCGUCGUCGUCACGACGGCGGCGGCGCCACCACCAGCUCCGUCGACGUCGUCGCCCGAGCUCGCCUGGCCGCACUACCCGCCGCCGCAGGGUCGCGCCGCCGCGGCCGUCGUCAGCUGGAUCGCCGACGGCGGGCGCCGGUACGGGUACCGCGUGCACGCCGCGGCGGCCGGCGGCGACGUCGCCGAGGACAUCGACCUCUCACUGAAGCUGUAA